ACUUCAGUUGGGCUCACUCAGCAUCUUUAAUGGCAGCUAUAAGGUCUGGUUUUCUCUCCUUCCGCUCACUGACCUUGGGUCGCCGUCAGCCAAAAUGUCCCAUUUUGUGCUGUUUCGCUGGAUUGUGAUGCAGACCUUUAUAGUGCACACCGCAUCAGAAACUGUUGUUCGAGGAAUGAUGGGACAACCUGUCACACUGCCUUGCUCCUACCGGGUGGCACGAGAGAAGGACAUCUCUGACAUGUGCUGGGGCAGAGGCCCGUGCCCAAACUCCAAGUGUAACAACAAACUUCUGCACACCACUGGGAACAGGGUGACGUUCAGAACAUCGCAGCGGUACAACCUGCAGGGCUACGUUUCCUAUGGAGAUGUGUCUCUGACAAUUCAGGAGCUGAAGGCAGAAGAUGCGGGCACAUACUGCUGCCGCGUGGAGAUCCCGGGCUGGUUCAAUGACAUCAAGCAGAACAUUCAGCUGGUGGUGCUCAGAGCAACCUCAGUGAAGAAAAAACCUAAGAAAAAUGGUUCCAAAUCCACAAAACGUCUCAGAAAAACAACUUUUGCACCCCAAACAACCUCUGAUCUUCAAGGAACAGAGCAGACUGCUGUCUUCCUGGCAACCGCUGUCCCCCCAGCAGCUUCUGCAACCACUGAGUCUCCGAGAGUAACAACUGCUUUUUUCCCCCCAAUGUUUGAUCAGACAGCAAGUGACACUUCUCUAGAAAAAGCGGGGUCAACCAGUGCUCUCCCAGAUUUUUCAGCCAGUUUUCAAGCAGUUGAUGUGAGGACUGACGGUGAUGGCAUCUCCUACUCGACAGAGUUAAUCCUUCUUCCUGAAGCAACCACCCUGCAAGAGCCAACCAUACUUCAGACACCAAAGUCAACCUUCAGUCCUUCAGCAAUGAACACCGCAUCAGAAACUGUUGUUCGAGGAAUGAUGGGACAACCUGUCACACUGCCUUGCUCCUACCGGGUGGCACGAGAGAAGGACAUCUCUGACAUGUGCUGGGGCAGAGGCCCGUGCCCAAACUCCAAGUGUAACAACAAACUUCUGCACACCACUGGGAACAGGGUGACGUUCAGAACAUCGCAGCGGUACAACCUGCAGGGCUACGUUUCCUAUGGAGAUGUGUCUCUGACAAUUCAGGAGCUGAAGGCAGAAGAUGCGGGCACAUACUGCUGCCGCGUGGAGAUCCCGGGCUGGUUUAAUGACAUCAAGCAGAACAUUCAGCUGGUGGUGCUCAGAGCACCUCCAGUGAUGACAACCACGGGAAAACCUCCCACUUCCCCCAGCCAUUUUGGAACAACAACUUUUGCUGCCCAAGAAACUCCUGAUCUUCAAGCAACCACAUGGGCUGCUGUCCCCUCAGCAGGGCCUACAACCACCUGGUCACCCCCAACUUUUGAUAAGACAACAAGCAAUAACUUUCUGGAAAAAGCAGUGACUACCAGUGCUCCCCCAGAUUUUUCAACCGAUUUCCAAACAAGUGAUGCGUGGACUGAAGGUGAAAGUGUAUUCUGCUCAACACAGCCAGUCUCUCCUCCCAGAGUGACUUCUGAAUUCCCAAGUAUACUUUUGACUGCAGAUGGAACUGAAGAGGCCACUUUUCUCUGGACAGAUGAUGUGCCAACUGUAGCAAUGGCCCUGCGAGAGCCAACCACAUUUCAAACACCAAAGUCAACCCUCGGUCCUUCAGGGACUACACUGAGUUCAGCCAGCAAUACAGAGAAAGCUGGGAUGAAACUUUCUUUUCGCAUCUCCACCAUUCUCACCGUAUCUCUCAUAGGGAUAUUCAUUAUUUUAAUGUUGAUACUCUUAUCGUUACUUUGGAAGCGAAGACACACAAGGAAAUUUAUUAUGAAAAGGGUCAGAGCAGAGUGGCUGGCUAUGGGGUCUUGCUUGGAGGAAUGGUCGUCUGUGGGAUGCAUCGUUCAUCUGUGUCACUGAAGUCCUCAGCAGCUCUGUGGGAUCAGCACAGGAAAUGGUUCAAACCCAUUACCUCCAUUGCCUGCAGUUGUCAAUCCCUGCUACAGCAACUUCAGGAAAGGAGCCCUUGAGCUGAGAGCAUGUGAUGGAAGCAUCAUUUGAGCAAAAUGUGGCAGGCCUGGACUUCCCCUCCAGUCACACUUGAGGCUGCGGUGAGAAUUUUAUCUCUACAGCAUAUCUUCCCAGCCCACAUGUGGCUGCAUGAGUUCUGUGGAGGCAGAGGAGGUUCCUCUGUGGGCUCCUGCUCAGUCUUGCCUGGGUUCAAGACCCUGCUGAGUAUACUGGUCCUGUGUUGCUGGACCAUGCAGUUUUUAUGCUUUCCUUUAUGAGAACACAACCAAAAUAGCUGGCUUUGUUUCAUUUUUUUUUUUUUCUUCCAAUUAGCAGGACUGGGCCAAUCCAUUUGCAGGUAUUAAUUAGCUCUGCACUGAAGACUUCUGCAGAGCAGGGUUGGCUGCUGGUCUGGAAGGUCCUGCUUUGGGGAGAUGUGGAAGGGCAGAAGAAAUACGAGCUAAGAAAGUGUGUUUGAUCCUCUAAACAUAAAGCACUGAAGCCAAGAAAACCCUUUUGUGAGCAUCCUCAAACAAAUAAAAGCUGUAAGGUCC